AUGUUCGACUCUCCGGCUGGUAUGACGGAUCCGAGAUGGUCGCCUCCUUCGCCAGGGCUGUCAAGUUUGGGCAGAGGUGAGUUUUCCUCGGGGCUAGACGGAGUCUCGGGGAGUAGUGGACGUUUACGAGACGCGUCUAGUUCAAAGCCGAGCGUGAACGAGUUCGUGACGAAGGCGGCCCGGUCGCCUGCGGAGCGUCUUAGGGCGGACCAGAGUCAAUUGGAGGAGUUUCUGCGAAGACGGGAACAACAGUUGGCCGCUAUUACAUUAACUAUUCGAGCAAAACGAUCCGGUACAACGACAAGUGUUAGCGCUUCUCUUGAGGAGCUCGAAGGCGCGCGACGGAAGCUCGAAGUUGAUCUAUUUCGCGCGCGACAGGCGCUAUUCGCGCUCCAACACCAGGCAGAGACAGAAGUUAUUCGGAGCAAAGUCGCCCUUGAGGAACUCGAUGCGGCUCUAGGUAUUCAAGACGCACAGGGGUUGCACAAAGUACCGCAAUCUUUUGCCGCCGAGCAAAAACCGCGGCCUACAGAGCACAUAGAGCGAGAUGACUUAACACUAAAUGACAUAUCGCUCGCGCUGCAAAAGCUCCGGCGCGAAGAAGCGGAGCAGCGUAUUGGAGAGACUCGAGUAGCCAUAAGAAAAGCGCUUCAUUAUGGCGCUGAGUUGGCGAGUCUCUUUCGUGAGCCUGAGCGCCAAGGUCUGGAUCAAGUUUUCGACGAAGCGCUGUUGAUGCCUUUUCAAGACCGAAAACCGUCAGAUCUACCUCGAACCCCAAAGUGCACUAUCUUCGCUUCCGAUACGGAGCUAGCUCACAAGCGUCGGCGACUUGAGAUGGCACCUACAAGAGAUUACGUGAAAGUUCUCCAGCCAGACGCACAUACACCGUUUUUGAACAAGGUAGACGCGUGGCAGCGAUUACAGCCUUAUCACGUCUUCCUGGGCGAGGUUAAAUCUCCUGGGUGUGGUCUAUCAGAUCAGGAUCUACUGGGCACGCACGGAGACAAACCUUUCGAGGCAAACCUGAGGGAAGUUGUCGUGCGAGCUGAGCAGCGCUUUUCUCAACUUUUGUCUUGGUAUGAGACUGCCACGGCGAAGAACGAUGUUUUCAUCGAGACGAAGCCGUGA